UAGCGCCGCCAGUCUCAAGCAGGUGUCCAACAUGGCGAUCACGGGGAGCGGAUCUCUCGCUAUUUCUCUCUCUUUUUUCGUGAUUUUGUCGGCGUUUCUGCAAAAAGGAGCUGCUGAAAUCGUGACAGUCGAAGGUCAGAACCUGGCUACGGACAAUAUAUCUGUGAUUGAGGGAGAAAUGGCCACCAUCAGCUGUAGAGUGAAGGACAACGACGACUCGGUCAUCCAGCUACUCAACCCCAACAGACAGACCAUCUACUUCAAAGAUGUUCGACCUCUGAAGGACAGCCGGUUCCAGCUGGUGAAUUUCUCUGACAACGAACUGCGGGUGUCUCUGUCCAAUGUGUCACUCUCCGACGAGGGACGCUAUGUGUGCCAGCUCUACACAGAUCCUCCUCAGGAAGCCUACGCAGACAUCACUGUCCUGGUCCCACCAGGCAGUCCAAUCAUCGAAACCCGCGAGGACGUGGUCAGUGAGGGGAACGAGACGGAGCUCACCUGCACAGCUAUCGGCAGCAAGCCAGCUGCCUCCAUCAGAUGGAUGAAAGGGGAGGAAGAAAUGACAGGUGAGACAACAGUAGAGGAGACGUAUGACAGGAUGUUUACUGUCACCAGCCGGGUGAGAUUUUCUGUCACCAAAGAGGAUGAUGGAGUACCAGUGGACUGCAUCAUUGACCACCCAGCUGCGAAGGACCUCCUGGCUCAAAGAAACCUUGAAGUGCUAUAUAAACCAGAAGUGAAGAUUGUGGUGACAUAUCCUGAAGGUUUACCCAGAGAAGGAGACAAUCUCGAUUUGACCUGUAUCGCAGAAGGAAAACCACAUCCCCAUCAGAUCAACUGGCUGAGAGUAGAUGAGGAUGUGCCGCCUCACGCCGUCGUCACCGGCACUGACCUCUACAUCGAGAACCUCAACAAGUCCUACAACGGCACCUAUCGCUGCGUGGCGUCCAAUGCAGUGGGAGAUGCCUAUGAUGACUACGUCCUCUUUGUAUAUGAUGCUCCCACCACUAGCCCCACACCCACCACCAACCCAGUCAACACGCAAGACUCCCGAGCCGGCGAGGGGGCACCUCAGAAAAUUGACCAUGCUGUCAUCGGAGGAGUGGUUGCCGUGGUGAUGUUUGCCAUCCUCUGUGCACUCAUUGUUCUCGGUCGAUACUUCGCCAGACACAAAGGAACUUACUUCACACAUGAAGCCAAAGGGGCGGACGACGCAGCCGAUGCAGACACGGCAAUCAUCAACGCGGAGGGGGGACAUAACAACACAGACGAGAAGAAGGAGUACUAUAUCUAAACUGGACAGGCCGGGAGAGACGGGUGGGGAUGCUGAAGGUGGUGGUGGAGGAGGUGGCGCUGUAGAAGCCUAAUGUUUAACUCUGAUGGAGGCGAGGAGGGCUAGAUUCAAAGAGGAAGAGAGGAAAGUGAAAAGUAGGACUGCCAUGGCGAAGUGGUAAGAAGAGGAUGCGCUGAGUCUCCCAUCCGACCCUUCCUGGACUGCUGGGGCCUAUUCUGUACAGUUUGAUUAUUUUACGGACUAUUUUGUGCCUUGUUCAAUUUCUUUUGUUUCUUCUGUUGUUUAUUUCUUCCCCUUCACAUGCUUGUUGGAUUGGGUUAUGUUCAAUAUAUUCCACUUGAUCCUCUUUUGCUUUUAGUUUUUUGAGGAGACUAAAUGGGCCUGGUGUUUGUCUUUUUGUGCCGCAGCUAGCAUUUAGCCCAUGAAACCAGAUCAGAGGAGCCACGUCAUCCACAUCACUAUUAUUUUUCUUAUUGCUAUUGUAUAAAUCUCAAACACAGUUGAAACAAAGUUUUUCCUGCUGGGUCAAUGUCUACCAGUCCCUGCAAAUUCACCACAUUUUACCUCGUACAUGCAGGUCUGAUGGGUUUCAACAUUUCGCAGCGCUGACCUCAUCCAUCCCUUUAGAGGUCAGGUUCACUGCGUUGAUUUCCUAUCUUACAAUCAUGACUUUAAUUUGGUCAUCGUAGAACAGGUUUGGCCCUGAAAGUGAAGUAAGAGUGAUGUUAAUUCUCACACUAAACCACAAUCUCUCAUUGGUUUCAUGUAAACCUCUAACAAUUAGUAGAUGUGAGGUCAGUGUAGUAUUUUUAUUAGGGUAUUGUGAUGUCCAGUCUGAGAUAUCCUGACAGCAGUAAUGUGCCAUGAUAUAGAGUUACAGUUUCUACAGAGAAAAUCUAAACUUUUUAUUCUAUUGAUAGAAAGAACAACAUUAAAAUCAACAGUAGCAGAAAACCUUUAGUGUCAGCUAUUGUCCUUCCUUUGUAAAAGUAUGAAAGAAUUAGUUUGUGAUUCAAAGAAAAAGUUAUUUGUUUUAUGGCAAGAGUUUGAACUAGAAGAUACCACUCUCAUGUUUGAACGAUCAAAUUGAGCUGCAGCCAGUUAGCCUAGCUUAGCAUAAGGACUUUAAAAUGGUGCGAAACAGUCAGCCAAGUUAAAGGAAAACACAAAUACCAAUACAUCCCUCAAGAACAUUUUUUCCCCUAAAAAGUAAGAUAAAACAUAUUAACUGAUUAAAACGGAGCCAGGUAUCUGAUUCUAACUUUUGCACAGUCUAUGUGCUAAGCCAAGCACCCUGUCUCUGGCUGAAGCAUCAUGGUUUGUAUAUAAACAUGAGAGUGGGAUCACCAUUUCACUCAACUCUUAAUAAGAAGCAUAUGAGAAGAUUUAUGAAAAUGUCAAACAUUGUAUCUGGAAUGAUUUUAGUCACAUUUGUCAGAGGUAUUUUUUCUAUCAUCCUUACGAUAGAUGGAACAAAAACAUGGCAGAAAACAUUUUGUAAUAAUUUAAGAGCCAAAAGACCUUCUGUCUGUUUUCUGUAGGGUAAGACCUUAUUUUGAUUACAUAUACCCUGAAGUAUCUGUCAUAAGUCUUGUUAAAAUGUAUUAUUUGUUAUGUAUUGGUUCAGCCUGCUGUGUAUGCUUUUUGUUUAAACAUGAAUUCCUGGGGGCGCCGGUAGCCUAGUGGUUAAUGUGCGAGUCUUAUGUACAGAGGCUAUAGUCCUCCAAGCGGGUGGCCCGGGUUUGAAUCCAACCUGUGGCUCCUUUCCCGCAUGUCAUUCCCCACUCUCUCUCUCUCCCUGAUUUCAGACUCUAUCCACUGUCCGAUCUCUAAAAUGCAUAAAAAGCCUAAAAACGAACCUUUAAACAUGAAUUCCUGCACAUUUUCAUACCACUCACAUGGUCCACCCUGGACCAAAUAUAACAAUUGUUAAAGCGUGCACACAUUCAAUAAGAAUUACAAGUGUUCAGCAAAGACCCAAAAUCCACAAUGUAGAGUGCUCCUCUCUUAGUGAUUGAUUUUUAAAGAAAUCUGAUAACAUAGUAAAUGACCAUUAAACUGGAAAUGUAACAAGGGCAUCCUAUUUUUUUUUUCUAAGGUUUUUUCUUUUUAUUUAAUUGUUAUGUACUGAAGGAAGUGAGAAUGUUCAACUUUCAAUGGCAAAGUUAGCUUUCACUGAUGUAUCACUGAGAUAUGUUUGUAUGAAUAACCACAGCUAGUGAAAAAUACAUUUUCACCACUGAUUUCCUCUGCUUUGAAAUACUUGCUACACAUACUUUUUGGCCUUGACUUUACACGAAAAAAGAAACAUUCAAUCACUGCAAACAUGAAUCACUUACAUUUCCUUGCUGUCUGUUAAGACAUUUUACCUUUGGGCUGUCUUUGAUAACUUGUAAAGGCUCUCGGCCUUACAAGUUUUCAAAGAUCUGUGUGGAGCUUUGGACUUGGUUUGGGAAAGAUCAUUUUCUUACUGUCAUCCUGCAGCCUCAAACCUUCACAGAGGAGCCGUCUACUGUUACGAAUGUUUGUUUUUUUCAUACCAAUCCAAAUCAGAAGAUGCUACGCUUGCAGACAGAGACGCAGCAUGUGUGCACACACCAUGCAUGCUUAAUGCCUCUGUCACAGCUAGAAGAGAAAAAAAACCUGUUUGUUAAUUAGUGAGGGAUUUCAUUGUAUUGCCUGAAUAAGAAAAAUAAAAUCUGUAUAUGUAUAAUGAAAAAGGAUAACCACUGCCUUAAAACCACCUCUUGAUACUUACCAUUAUAAAGGAAAAGACUGAAGGACUUAAUUUAGUGCCUUCUUUGAUUUGAGGCAUAUGGUUAGUAUCGUACAAUAUCCUCAUGUACAAUCUUACAGUAUAUCUUGUAUAUUUCUGUCCUUUAUAACUUACAGGGCCAAUACUCACACAAGUUGUCUGUAUUUACGCACUGUAGACAUGCAUCAAAAUAACCUGGAGCAUAAAAACGCUUGAAUAAGAACAAAAAGAUCAGUAUUCCUUUGUUCAUCAGGGUGGUGUGGCAGCUUCCAUUUAAUCGAAUGUUGUAUGCAAGGAUGUAUUAUUUAAUGUCUUGAUUCUGAUUUGCAAAAAAUUCAAUUUGAUCAAGAUUUUUUUCUUCUGCUACACUUUGUUACAUAUUUGGAUAUCUUCAAGGACAAGGCCCAAUAGAAUCAGAGAGGGAAAGAGUACUAAAAGCUAUAAAAGCUUUAAUCACAGUACAUUUUACUGGAUUUCUGUUGUCAUGGAUACAGUUACAGUAUGUGCAUGACGAUUUCUAUUUCGAGGUUUGAUAUUUGUCUUAAAUGGUUACAAAUUGAUUGCUACUUUGAAAUCGGGGAACAUAAAAAACAUUGUGUGAAGUAUCAUUCUGAAGCAGUUUAUAUGAUUUGUUUUAAAUACUUGAUAUUUAGUAUGUUUGUUUUCACUCUCUCAGGUUCAUGAGUGUUAAUAGUUGUGUUUUUUGCAUCUCAGGUAGAAUGCAAAUUUUAAACGGCCCCAAGUAUAUACUGUAGUACCACAGCUAUUCAAACGUGCAGAAAUCACAAGGUGUACAUGUUUUUUCCUCAUUUGUACAUGUUUUUGUGUUCUUAAUAUGGUGCACUGUUACAGUAAACAUUCAAUAUUAUUUUGCAUAGACCUAGUUCACAAAGAAAGAAAACUAGAUUUGUUAAGCAAACAAAAAUUAUGUACAGUCAGUGUCAACAAAAUCACAAUGAUGUUCAUGAAAACUUCUUCUUCUUCCACCGUAACACUUUGCUUAUACAGUAUCGGUUAUUUAGUAAUUAUAGGAUGUGACCACAGACAGUCAAUCAAUCUGUUUGCAUUCAGUCAAGUCACGCAUACAUUUUCAUAGAUGAAAAGAUUGUGUAUUUACUGUGACAUGAAGUUUUAUGAAUGAUCUGUAACAUUUAUUGGAUAUUUGGAUGAAGCUCAUGUUUAAAGCCUGAAGGAGGGGAGAGGGGAGGCAGAGGGGAGUUUGGUUAUUUUAUUACCUCCCAAAACGGUUGUAUUUUGUUGCUCAAUCUUAAUUUCUUCUUUCUGUGCCCAGGUGACAUUUUUAUUUUGUGUAGUAAAAGAUGUUUCUCAUAUGACCAUGCAUAUUUUGUAUUGGUUCACACCAACAUUUUUACAAAAGGAAAAAAAAAUUGAGAAGAGUUCUUGUCUUAAUAAAAAGAUAUCAAUGUUUAAA